UUAAAGACUUUAAUGGCAUGAGAGCCGCGCCGCACCCAGAGGACUUUAUCCGAGCAGGUCUGUAGAUACACGCAGUGCGGUGCAGUCCAGAGAAAUUCAACACACACACACUCACACAGCAGGAUGUAUGAACGCGCGCUGUUCGCUCUCUGCCUGCUUACUCUGGUGCUGUUUCAGAGCGCUGCAUCUUGUGAGUUGAGGCCUGUGCUUGCUCAGGUUCCUAAGAGGUUGCCCGCCGGUUAUGUCAUUUCUGAAGUGACUCUCAAAGGCUGUGAAGCCAAACCUGUGGCCUUUACUUCCAGUGACCCUGACUUCACUGUAAAUACAGAUGGAACCAUUAUCACAGUUCGUGGUUUGGAGAUUACAACAAAGCGGUUUUCUGUACUGGUGCAGGAUGAGAACAGAUCGGAUUGGAGGGUGGACAUAAUCCUGUCCUGUAAAGAGGAGCUAUCUCAGAAGUCCAGCAGUGCGGCUCACAAGCGUACUAAGAGAAGAUGGAGACCGUUGCCUUUCUCUGUUGUUGAGAAUGACAGCCCUCCAUUCCCAAAGGAACUGGAGAUGAUUGCGUCUGAUUCUUCAGUAAAUUACACAGUGUAUUAUCAGAUCAGUGGGCAGGGUGUUACCACAGAUCCUGUGGGCCUAUUCAUUCUGAACAAGAACAACGGCAUGCUGAGUGUGACCAGGGCUGUUGACCGUGAGCAGUACCCACAAUUCAGUUUUAAAGCUCAUGUAUAUGACGCAAGUGGCAGGGAAACAGAUGAAUUUCUGCCCAUCAUUGUGAAUGUGGAGGAUAAGAAUGAUAAUGCCCCUGAAUUCAUAGGAGGUCGAUUCUUCACCGUAGAAGAGCGUUGCAGGGCAGGUACGAAAGAGAAGGACAAAACAUACAUUCCUAACUAUCAAGUUGGAUAUGCAUGUGCAGUUCAGCCACACCCUGUUAUACUACAGCACAUCCAUCAGGUGUGUAAACACAGGUUCUUCUCUUCAAGGAGAAUCCAAGGCAGAGCUUUUGACAACUCUUCACAGAAUUGGUGCUUUUGGGUUAAUAAGCAAGCUUUAUGUAGAUGUACCUGGGUAAAUUCUCAAUGUCCUCAUUCCCCUUCUAUUCUCUACUUUCAGGGAUUGGAUUUUGAAAAAACUCCACUGGUGAAGCUGGAAAUAACUGCCCGUAAUGAGGUUCCACUGGUUGGGCCUGACACUAAAUGGCUCUCUGUGCCACUCGAGCUCAGUGUUGGAGAUGAAGAUGAAGGGCCAGAGUUCAACCCUGGCAUUCUAUAUCUCAAAGUCAAGGAGAAUGUUGCCAAUGGAACCAUCAUUGGAACCUAUAAAGCUCUGGACCCAGAAAAUAAGAACAGCAAUGGAAUAAAGUACUAUAAGAUGACUGACCCUGGUAACUGGAUCACUGUGGUGGAGAACACUGGAGAACUGAAAACAGCCAAUACUAUAGACCGAGAAUCACCGUUGGUCCACGAGAAUAUGUACAACAUAACCAUCAGAGCUGUGGAUGAGAGUAAGAAGACAGGAAAGGGGAUGGUUAAAAUCCAGAUUGAAGACGUGAAUGAUAACAUGCCUGUGAUUCCGGGUACUGACCUGAUCAUGUGUAGUAAGGAUGAUAUGCUGAGCUCAGUUCUGGUUGAAGCUGUGGACAUGGACCAGCGACCUUACUCUACUCCCUUCAUUUUCGAACUUGGAGCAGAUCAAGAUGGGAAGUGGAAACUGAAGGAUACUACAGAAUCAUCUGUGGUGCUGGAACAGGCAGUGGCCAUGCCUACCGGUCUCUACAGCGUCCCUCUCUUGGUGAAGGAUCUGCAAGGAGUUGGGAAAGAACAGACCGUGAAUGUGCGAGUGUGCACCUGUGAGAGGGAGGAAAAUGGGUUGGGAAUAUGUGGAGCUCGGAGUGCCUCUUCCUCUUUGGGCAGUUUGGGAAUCCUUGCCUUAGUUCUUUCUGGCCUGCUGCUGCUGCUCUUAAGUCUGUUGCUCAUCUUCAUAUGCAGUACUAAGAGAGACAAGCUGUACAUUAGUGAUGACACAGGAACAGGAGGAAUGCUGCUGAAAUCCAACACUGAGGCUCCUGGUGAAGAAGUGAAAGAUGGAGCUUUGAUGAUGAUUCCUGGGGCAGAGGUAGUGGACGGGUCUCUACAGAGCGGCCUCAUGGAAAGUAAGAACGUGACUUCAGCUUCAGGACGCCAGGGGCAGCAGUUUUUCCAGGGAGGAGGCGUGUACAACACCACCACUCAGGAGUUUGGGACAGAAAAGUUCUACUCAUCCGGGCGCUAUGAUAACAACAUUUAUGGCAACAACACGUUACAGAAAUUAUCAAAUACGAGUGCUCUGGACACAUGGAAAACCAAUGGGCGCUACUUGGACAGAAAACUGGCUUACUUCGGAGAUGAGGAGGAGGGGAGGUAUGCGGAUGACCUGCUGAAGACUUAUGGGCAUGAGGGGAUGGGAUCACUUGCAGGAUCUGUAGGAUGUUGUAGCAUCUUGGGUGAACAGGAAUCAUUGGACUUUUUGAACACUCUCGGCCCCAAAUUCAAACCACUGGCUGACGUGUGCUACACGACGAAUCGAACCGGAAACUAAAUCGAGAUGUGACUGAGAUGAGAGAGUGCCGUAUGCUGUUGGCCAGGGGCCUUCAAAGCUCACUGCAGAAAAUCAUGCUCCUGAUCAGUAUUUUUGCCUUGUUUUCCAGUAAAAAUAUUGAAACAUCCGUAAAACAAGAUUAAUUUAUUUGA